UUUACCCACUCCUCUAUAUACAAACAACACACAUACACGCUUUGGAGUUCACUUGAUCUGCCCAUGUAUGUUAUAUUCAAUAAUUGAAGGAAAGGCAAUGAAGAUUAUUUUUACAAAAUGAAAAACAAGUGCAAAGAAAGAAUGGAAAAGUGUAAGGAUUGGCAGUCAAGAUUGCCCCAUUGCCACUUAAAUUUUGGUCCGAUAUACAAGUUGGAAGAUGAUAAGCAGAAAAUACUGUAUACUUUCCCAGCGAUCGAGAAAUAUACGUCUCAACCUCUGACAGCAUUGACAACAUUGACCAUCGACGAGAAUAGAAAUGAAAUCACAACAGAGAUACCUGUCAAAAGAUCAAUGAUACUUUAUCCUACACCCAAUACAUUUGGACUAGAUGACAUCACUUCAGAUAUACCUGUCAAAAGAUCAAUGGUGCUUAAUACUGCAACCAAUGCAUUUGGACUAGAACAGCUUGUUGCAACGUCGGUUGGAGUGGGCACAUUAAGUUUCUUUAUCGGAAUGGCUAUCAUGUAUCUAAUGUUCAGAGGCCAUGAAGCAAGAAGGACUAUUUUGCAAGCAAGAGAAGUACAAGGCGAAAAUAUCCUACUGUUACCAGUUCAAGAAAAUAAGGGUGGAACAAAUGAGGAACACACUCAGAAAAUGAACCAACCAGAGGAGAAGGAGGUCACAACAACUUUGUUUGAACGUUGUUACUUAUCUGGUGAUCUAGAUGGUGAACAUGUUCGAAAAUCCUAUGGCAUCAGUAACGGACAGAGUUUAUUGUAAAUAAAACAGAUAUUCAUGACAAACUAAACAUUUUAAAUGUGUACCAUGGUUUUAGCUAAAUAUAUUUUGAAAACAAUUUCAACUGUACAAUUAAUACGUUGCAAUGAAUGAAAGACGUUGAAAACAUUUGGAGUCACUUACAUGUAAUUUACUUAACAAUCGAUAUUUCUGUUUAUCCUUCGUAAGGUGUCGACUGUCUGCCAAUACCUUUAUUGUCUUUUUUUUCGGCUUAUUUUCUGAAACAGUAAGAGUAAUUUUUGUCUAUAUAAAAAUUGUAUAAAAACUGAAAUCAGCUUUUAAAUUAUCCCGACACCCAAGUGUAAACAAAUGUACAUUUUCCUAGAUACUGUUACUUAGUAUAUUGAAUGAGGCUGUAUUAUACUUACAUAACCUUUAAAGUGAAUGCUUUUUUAAAAAAAUGUCUAGUAACAAGACAUCAAGAUUAUCUUAUAUUAAUCGUAAAACUGCAAAUAUAUACUGUAGAAGCACAUAUCUUCGAUGGGUAAAAAUUUCUUUGUUUUUAACCAAAUAAAAUUUCGUUGACAUUUGAUUUCGUCGUAUCGUAAUCUCUUUGUACUCAAUAAUACUUUGUUUAAAAAAAUCGUCAUGGAUUUAAUUUCUUUGAUUUAUACUGCCAAGAUACAAAUUACGAAAUUAAAUCCUCAACGGAUAUUUUUGUUUCUACAGUACACAGGUGACACUCGAUGGCUCGAACUUCGAUCUCUCGAAGUUCUUGAUCUCUCGAAGUGAACUCACGGUCCCAAUUUUUUUCUCUAUAUAACUAAGCAAA